AUGUGCUGUAGUGACGCAAUGUCAAGCCGCAUCGUGCGGAUUACUAUGGGACCUGGAGAUAUCAUGACCGUUCGACUCCAAGUCCGUUUUUGUACAUACGGCAGCGCCGUGAUUCGCUGCACGAUCCGCAAGUCCCACCAUCUCAAUCAGCCAUGGCCCACACGUCGCUGCGACCCGGCGCGCUCGUCGUCGCUGGCCUGCAGCGCCGUCGCCGGGCGCCGUGAGCUCAUAGCCAGUGGCGCCACUGCCGUCAGACGCUACGUAGCGUCGGCAACAUCGCUUGCUUCGGGCAAUCGUGCAUUGACUGGCUCGUGCUCCCUGCGUGCUGACCUCACCUCUACCUACCAAUCGUUUACCUACACCCUCAGCAUUGCGGGCAUAACUAUCGGCAAGACAGCAACUGUCACGGAUGCCGGUUUCUACAAAGUGAGCACGGGAGCGCUCGUGAAGUCCAUUCCGUGCACGGCCAAGGCGAACACAGCAACGGGCACUUGGACCUGCACCGCGGAUGGCGGCGCACAGAUCUCCUCGGUUUAUGCGCCUGUCGACCCGAUCUCAGUGUUAGUGAGUGCUGGAGUGUACGCGUCUCCCUCGAGCUUUUAUUUUUCGGUUAAAGUUGAUGGCGUGAAGGUGAAGGGGAAUGUUGCAGCAUCGAUUGCUCAGGGAUCACGUUUCCUUGACGUGACGUCCCCUCCUCGUCGCCCGUUCUUCUUCUCACGUAUCCUCAACGUCGCGUUUCCUCAUCGUCGCAAGGAGACCCUCGUCGCGUUUCUUCCUCGACGCGGCUCCCUAGCAUCGCGUUUCCUCCCCGUCGCGCUUCCACCCCGUCGCAGUUCCUCCUGCUCACAUUUCCUCUCUUGGUCACAUCUCCUAUCCAUUCGCAUCUCCAAACCCGUCCUUUCUCCCUCCCGUCGAAUACCCCGUCGCGCCUCCUCCCUUGUUCCUUCGCCAUCCCGUUCCCGCCUCCACGCUUCCUCCCCGACGGGAAACGGGAUGGCCCUUCCGCUCUCGUCCAACCUCCGUCCCUUUUUCCCCGUCCUCCCUCCCUUCAUCACUUCCUCCCCAUCUCCCAUCUUCCGCUCUGCUAGUGAUUCCUUCCUCCCUUUCUUUACAUUUCUACUCGCUCCCCUCUUCCCUUCCGACGCUCCCUCGGCGUCGCGUCACGACGCGCACUCCCCACCGUCCCCCACGCUCACGCCCCCACCGUCGCCCACGCUCACUCCCCUUCCGUCUCACACGCUCACUCACCUCCGUCGCCCACGCUCACGCCCCUCCCUCUCACACCUUCACUCCCCGCGGUUCCCCACCUCAACCCAUCUCCUCAGCACCCCAUCUCCGCCUCACCUCAGAUCCGCCUCACCCCAUCUCCGCCUCACCUCAUCUCCCCUCACCUCAUCUCCGCCUCACCUCAUCUCCGCCUCACCUCAUCUCCGCCUCUCCUCAUCUCCGCCUCACCACAUCUCCGCCUCCCCUCAUCUCCGCCUCUCCCCAUCUCCGCCUCACCUCAUCUCCGCCUCAUCUCAUCUCCGCCUCACAUCAUCUCCGCCUCACCUCAUCUCCCCAUCACCUCAUCUCCCCCUCACCUCAUCUCCCCCUCAUCCCAUCUCCGCCUCACCCCAUCUCCGCCUCUCCUCAUCUCCGCCUCACCUCAUCUCCGCCUCACCUCAUCUCCGCCUCACCUCAUCUCCGCCUCACCACAUCUCCGCCUCCCCUCAUCUCCGCCUCUCCCCAUCUCCGCCUCACCUCAUCUCCGCCUCACCUCAUCUCCGCCUCACAUCAUCUCCGCCUCACCUCAUCUUCCCAUCACCUCAUCUCCCCCUCACCUCAUCUCCCCCUCAUCCCAUCUCCGCCUCACCCCAUCUCCGCCUCACCUUAUCUCCCCCUCACCUCAUAUCCGCCUCACCUAAUCUCCGCCUCACCUCAUCUCCGCCUCACCUCAUCUCCGCCUCUCCUCAACUCCGCCUCACCACAUCUACGCCUCCCCUCAUCUCCGCCUCUCCCCAUCUCCGCCUCACCUCAUCUCCCCAUCACCUCAUCUCCCCCUCACCUCAUCCCCCCCUCAUCCCAUCUCCGCCUCUCCUCAUCUCCGCCUCUCCUCAUCUCCGCCUCACCUCAUCUCUGCUCCCAUAG